AUGGCUGACAGAACCGAAGACGAACGCACCGGCGAUGCAACAGACAGUGCCAGCGCACUGAGUAGCCACGCGGGCACACCCACUUUCGAGAAAGACUGUCGAAGAGGCCUCACCCCGAACAAGCGACGCCGACGAAACCUAUCCGACCGAGAGGUGUCCAACCUACGAGAAGAUCGCGCAGACCUCGGAAUGGGUUCCAGGGAACGGAAGACCCGGGGGCUUGGCCGCAAUGGCGGCGGCAACGGUAACGGCGACCGCGGCGAGGAGGCGCACAUCUGGGACGGCAUCAAGAAGCAGCUCGGCGGUUUCGUCAAGAAUGUCAACACCGAGUCGGAUGGCCUGAGCAGACUGGUGGACAUGGACAAGCAAGCUGGCGCCAUGGAGGCGGACAAGGUCCCGGGUCACAUGCUUAAGGAAAUGGACCAACUCUGUCGGUCCGGCGUCAAGCAAAGCGACCAGAACCUGGCACAGGUCAAUGGCCUCAUUGAGUCACUCAACAUUCUCAAGGGUCUCGUGGAUGCCAAUAAGAAGGACGAGGCGGGCCCAAACAAGCGAGCCUCCACACGGGACUCAACAGCGGCUGCUUCGCUGUACGAGUUCGACGGGCCGGGCGAGUCGCCGGUACCCAGCCCCGUGGCGCCAGGACCCUCUCGAGGCAAAGCAGGCGAGCGCGCGAGCACGCGCGACCGAGAUCGUGACCGGGACCGGGAGCGUGACAAGGAACGAGACAGUAUAGGGCCCAAGUCGGGUAGCGUUGAGCCAGCCGGCGCUGGCGGUGUGUCGACGCCAAUGUCGGGCAGUGCUGGCAUCGCUCGCUCCAAGGUCGUCUUCGCAAAGGGGGAUUCUGUGGCGUUCAAGCCCAAGUUCAUCUCGGGGGAGGGUACCCCGGACUGGAUCUUGGGCGAGGUUGCCCAAGUCGUCGGCGAGGGCAAGAGCCGCCGUUACAAGGUGCUGGACAUUGAGCCGGAAGAUCAGAGCAAGGCCAAAGAGUACAAGACGAGCGCCAGUAGCAUGAUCCCCAUCACCCCCGAAGACCAGGCCAAGUCGCUUCCUGACUGGGAGCCGAAGACGACCGUCCUGGCCCUAUACCCUCACACGACCACGUUCUAUAAAGCCGAGGUCCAUAGCAUGGAUGGAGAAGGGAACGUCAAGUUGCAAUUCGAGGGCGAGAACGACUCGUCGACACUCCAGCAAGUAGAGCGCCGGUUCGUUUUGGAGUACAGAGCGUGA